AGAAGAAAAAAAGACGCAGUAUACUAAUGACAGCCACCUCCAUGCUGACUGCUUUGAUUUCUGAACAGAGCGAGCCAGCCCGGGUAAAGCCGUAAUUACCUCUCAAGGAUAAACGAUAAUAUCACUUUCCUCAUCACGUCUUUGGGGCGAGACGGUCGACGCUGCACUCUCAUAGGCAAACGAAGCGACUUCUAUAUAAGACGGUUCGUCCGCAACGCUUUCCGGACUGAGCUGGAAUGUCAAGUGAAUGCCACUUGAUUGUUUUCAGGUGGAUUCACUUGACAUUCCAGCUCAGGUUUUUCCGUGCGGGUGUUUGACUGGAAAAGCAGACUAAGGUGAGUACAUGCUUUUUUCUCUUCUCUUGUUAUAAGUUCUUCCCCUGUGAGCGUGCAAGGUCACAGCCAUUUAUGGAAUGCAUGUAGGUGAAAGAAAAAAAGAAAUGAGGUUCAUUCCUUCCCGCUGCCGACAUGCAAUCUUUGUGAUUUUAAAGUGCACCUUCUUAGAUCAUCGCAGUAGAUGAAAUGAAAAAUAAACGAUUGCAAACAGUACAACAUUAUUUUUUUAUUUAGGACAUUGCAUUGCGUUGUAUGUUUUGGAGGACAUUGCUAAUUUACAAGUCGGCUUCACCUAACUUCUACGUGCGUUGCGGGAAGUCAACGUUAGGAAAUGCUCAGUCUUGCUGGAUUGCUUGUUUCUUUGCAUUUCAAUUCAGCGGAACGGUGUUUUUUCUAAUUGUUUGACUUUGGUUCUUCAUAAAACAUAUUUUCCAGUUCAUCGUCUUUGUUGUAACUACUCCGACGAGGUUGAAGGGUCAUCUCACAUUUUGGGCUUGUAAGAUCGACUUCUUCUAAGCAUUUUUUUAGCUUCUCUUUUUCAUUUCAUGUUCGGGUAACAACAGAACACUUCACCUGCACGUCAAUGGCAAACAGGUCAGAAAGAAAGGAAUGUGUCUACCUUCAUUUGUGAGAUGUAGCUAGUCUUCACCCAACUCCUACGUGCAUUGGGGGAAAGCCUACUUUAGGAAAUGUUCAGUCUUGUUACUGCAUGUUUCUUUGCAUUUAAACUUAGCGAAACGGUGUUUUUUUUUUAUCGUUUGAUUUUGCUUUGACAUAAAACAUAUUUUCCAGUUCAUCUUCCUUCUUUUGCCGUAACUACUCCGAAGAGGUUGAAGGGAACAGUUUGAGAUCUUCCUUGACAACAAGGCAAAAAUGUGUGCUAUACAAUGGAGAAGAGGUGGAAAACUUUUUUUUUUCAAGUUAAUCCACUCGGGAUUCCAGAUGAAGAUUUUUUUUCUCCGUGAGAGUGUUUGACUGGAAAGACAGACUGUGGUAAGUACAUGGAUUUGCCCUCCUCUUUUGCAAUACAUAUACUAUAUAUAAUGCUUUUCUAUGAACAUGCAAGUCAUUUAUGGAAAUGCAAAUAUGAGGAACGACAAGGUUUCAUGCCUCUCGCUUUCAGUGGCGACAUGCAGGUCUUUGUGAUUUAAGGAAUGCUUUCCUAGCCCAUCACAGGAAGUGAAAACGUUUGCAAACAGUUAUUUUUUUUUUAUUUAGAUACAAGGACAGUGAGAUCACAGCCCUUUUAGAUAGUGAGAUUCCAUAGCCAGAGUGAUGUCGACCAAUUGUUCUGCCAAGAGAGUAAAUGUUGCCUGGGCAGCGGCGAAGUUUUAACUCACGUUCUAAGCACAAACAGCAUACAUCUGAGCAUUCGUUAUCGUAAUAGGUCCUUGUAAGAUUGGCUGUCUCUAAGCAUUUUUGCAGCUGGCGUGUUUCGUUUCGUGUUAGGGUAACACCAGAACGCUUCGGUUUACCGUUUUCACUCCAAAUGCGUACCACAAGCAAGUCAGAAGGGCACGAAUGUACAUAAACAUAUUUUUCCAGUUCAGCUUCUUUGCUGCAAUUGCCCUGAUGAAGCUGAAGGGAAGAGGAUGGAAGCUUCGUUAGCUCGAUGAUCACCACAACAAGCAAAAACGUGUGCCACACAACGGAGAAGAGAACACACAAACAUCUAUCCAUGUCUGUUCACUCACAAUGAAAUGAGAGGGCUUAGUACAAAUGUACAUUUUUAUUUCCCUGAUACAUGAGCGGUGAUUAUUUUUUUUAUGCUCCAUUGUGCACCAGUCGAUGUUUGAAGAGGUCAAGUGUUAGCUUGCUGAUGUAGCCUGUUAAGUAGUGCCAACCUUCAGACUCGGCUUGUUCCAUGAAACAUAGACUCUCGGCAGCAAGAUGCAUAGCGUCAACCUCGUCAGCAUAUGUCAAAAUUUCGUCCACGUGACGUGACCAUUCAGCAAGUAAGGCAAAAGUUUUCCAAGUAACCCUGUCAGGAGGUUGAUCUGGCAGCGCUUGAAACAACACCAUAUCCGUCACAAUUUUAAAAGCUUCCACGAGCGAAGUUUUGCCUACUUGUGUUAACCCACAUUCCAAUAUCUCUUUGUAGGAGACGUGUUUGAGACGACACACAGGCUGCAUCCGAAAUUCGUGUGUGUAACCUCUUCUCCAUCUGCCACACACAUCUCUACCUAGCACAGGCUGCUCUUCAUCUGCGUCUGAUGAUGACAACCAUGCGCCAUCAAGCCGAGGAUCAACCUCAGGCCAUGUUGUGUCAUCGGCGGCUGACUUGUCUUGACUGGUCAUUACAAACCAAGUUCAUUCUAUACAGCAAGAGGAGAAAGCAAAUUGUCAACAUAACAGCGAAGCCUCCAUAACACAAGUAAGCUAUGUCAUCCGUCAUGGAAAAGUUGGAUAAACUGAAAAAAUGUGGUGACGGUGAAAUUCAGAAAAUGAGCAACAUACCCAAAAACGAAAAGUUCGAAGUGCUGGACAUUCAGAAAAUUGACACUAUGUAUGGCGAGGCCGUAUACGUGGAGCUCCGCAUGGAAAACGACAAGCCAGUGAAAGUGUAUCUACCUGGACGCUUCAAAAAAUUGUCGGAGGAAGAGCUAGAGGAAAUGCGACUGCUUCCAAAUCUCAAAAUGGAGAAGAAAGAACGGUUUACCAAAGAUGGUAAAAAAGUCAUUUCGCCAGAUAUUAUCUUCACCAAUUCGAAGAGAAAGUGAUGAGAUAUGGUGACGUGUCACUUAUGCUCCCAGCACGAACGGCAGUAUUAUGCAACAGCAUUAGGUCUUCAGAUUCACUUGGCAAAUGUUCACAAUCUUCAAGCCCCCUGCAUUCCUUUUUGUGAGACUUUGUGCACACUGCGAAACUAUACUAAUCGGUUCGAGCUACAUUUACACGACAGGGACGUUAGCGGACAUGAUGUUACAACCUUUUUUCACGAGUACAGACAGUACAUUGCUGAUGUCUUACGACACUUUGGUUUCCCACUGCGCUAUUUUGUAUUGCUUAAAGUGGAACUUGGUCGUCACACGCCAGACGAUGAGUUACAGCUCGAAAUUAGUUUCGUGCCUUCCAAAGUAGUGACAGUAUGGUCAGAGGCAGAUGUAGAACCUUCUAUCACUCAAGUGACUGCUGAAAUAGCACAAAAUUUGGAAAACCUCGAAGUAGAAGGUUCAGGUUUUUUUCUCUUUCGCAUUCAUGCCUGUAUCAUGAACAUUGGACGUUUGAUGCCUCAACUGAUUGGAUGUGCCCAGUUUGAGUUACCGCAAGAAUUGAAGCAUAAGUUUCGUUCUCUGUUGUGUGUGGACUUUGGUUUGCAUGAAGAUGAGCAGAACAUGUGUUUUGCCUUCUCUGUAAUAGCUGCACUGCAUCCUGCUACUGGUUAUCGCAGGCGUAGGGCAUCUUCGUACAGACCAUAUAUUUCUGAGUAUGUUUUUCCGAAAACAUUCCCGGUAGCUUUCCCAAAAGAGGUUGAAGCAUUCGAAAAAAAUAAUGGUAUCAGUAUCAAUGUGUACGCCUACGAAAGGGAAGACAAAUCUCUGUACCCCAUCAAGGUUGUCGAUGACGAGCGUGAGAAACAUGUGGAUCUGUUGCUAAUCGACUCUCAUUUUCUGCUUAUCACAAAUUUUAAUGGAUUAUUUCAACCUAGCGGACGGUUUCAUUGCAAGAGGUGUAUGAUGGGCUUCUCAUCAGACAGAAUCCUCAGUGAUCAUUUAAAGAUGUGUUUGCAUCAGAAGGUUGCUAAGACAAUUUACCCUAAGAAGGGAGAGACGGUAGCAUUUGCCGGGGAACAUCUCAUGUCGGAAGUCCCUUUCUACUGUGUAUAUGAUUUUGAAAGUGUUUUGUCACCUUGUUUGGAGGAAACAAACGUGUAUGAGGAUCACUGUCCUUCCUCAUUUUGCCUUUUGGUUAUACGUGCAUCCGACUCACACGUGUUGCAAAAGCAUCUUUUCCGUGGUCCUAAUUGUGUCACAGUAUUUAUGGAGCUGCUGCGGAAAUUGCAUGACGAAAUUUUAGGAUGGAUACAUGCUUUUGCACCUCUAGAAAUGACUGAAGAGAAUGAGCGUCAACAUACAGCAGCCACUCAUUGUAAUAUCUGCAAAGAAUCCUUUGCUAAAAGACAAAAAGUUCGAGACCAUGACCAUGUAAGCGGAGAAUUUCGACAAACACUAUGUCAGACGUGUAACCUGAAACUGAGAGUGCCACCCAAGAUUCCAAUCAUUGCACAUAAUGCUAACUAUGACAUGAGUUUUCUCCUGUCUCAUUUACAUCUGCUUAAGAAGUCAGACAUCAACGUGAUUGCCACCAGCUGUCAAAAAUUUAAAGCAAUUGACAUCGGCUCUUAUCGAUUCUUGGACAGUUUGAGUUUUCUGAACGCAAGCCUUGAAACACUGGUGAAAAAUCUACGUGAUAAAGGUGAAUCCAACUUUCAAUGCCUUCGCCAGUUUUUUCCAAAUGAGGAACACUUUCAGCUGGUUGUUCGUAAGGGGGUCUUCUGUUAUAACUUUGUCACCAGUUUUGAAGCCUAUGAUGAGCCUUCGCUACCACCUCGAGAUAAGUUCUUUAACAUUUUGAAUGGAACCGAAGUAAGUGAACAAGACUACAACCACGCGCAGAAUGUGUAUGAAAAAUUUCGGCUCAAGAGUCUUGGAGAGUAUUCGGACUUAUACCUUCUGACAGACACACUGCUUUUAGCAGAUGUGUUUCAGAACUUUCGAAAGUGGACACUCGAUGUGCACAAGAUUGAACCGUUUCAUUUUGUAUCCCUUCCAGGAUUAAGCAUGUCUUGUGCACUAAAAAUGAGUCAGGUAGAACUAGAACUAAUUAACGACCCCAACGCGUACCUGCUCAUCGAGAAUGGCUUACGAGGAGGUGUCACACAGUGCUCCCUGAGAAAAGCAACUGCGAAUGUGCCAGGAACAGAACAGUUUGAUCCCGAAAAAGAAAAAAAAAUAAUUAACUACAUUGAUGUAAAUGGCCUGUAUGGAGCAGUCAUGAGAGAACCAUUGCCUUACGGAGGAUUUGAGUGGCUCACUGAGGAGGAAAUUGUUAACUUGGAUAUAGCUCAGAUACGAGAUGAUAGCCCUGUGGGUUACUUUCUUGAGGUAGACCUAGUGUAUGACCGAGCAACUCAUGAACACCACAGAGAUCUUCCCGUUGCCCCUGAAAAAAUGUCCGUUCGUUAUGAGCUAUUGUCAGACUAUCAGAAGGCGCUCAUGAAGAAGUUCAAUCUUCCACAGAAAGCUACCGAAGCAAAACUGUUGCUAACAUUAUUUGAUAAAGAGAGGUACUUUCUCCACUAUCGCAAUUUGCAACUGUAUCUGCAAUUGGGGUUGCGUCUCACUAAAGUUCACAGGGUUCUCAAGUUCAAUCAAAAGCCCUUUCUGCGAUCCUAUGUCGACUUCAAUCACGAACUUCGGAAGCGAGCUACAAACGCAUUUGAGAAACAGCAAUCAAAGCUAAUGAUUAAUAGUGUAUAUGGCAGGACAUGUAUGCAAGUCAGGAAAUUCGUAAAUUGUCGCCUCACAGUAACAGAUGAGCAAGUGUUGAAGCUUCUACGUAAACCAAACUUGAAACAGUUCCGCCCUCUGAGCUCUCACGUCAUCUUGUUCCAAUUUAGUCAGUCUGUUCUUCGCAUGAAGCAACCGCUGUACCUGGGCUUCACAAUAUUGGAAUUGUCUAAGCUGAAGAUGUUUGAUUUUUAUCAUAACCAUCUUCUCCGUGUAGCCCCUGAUACACGACUGCUAUACAUGGACACUGAUUCUUACAUUGUGAUGCUGAGUGACGAUAAAGUACUCCACGAACUAGCUGACGAGCAUCUAGACAACUCUGGAUAUGACCCUGAUCACCCACUCUAUUCGACAAAAAACAGGAUGGUACUAGGAAAGUUUAAAAAUGAGCUUCCUCGUGAUCACAUUCUUGGCUUCUGUUGUCUGAAGCCAAAGCUGUACGCCCUCGAUCUGUGCAGCAAAAAGCAGUACAAUCGCGCUAAGGGUGUUAAACAAUGUGAAGCACAAAAACUCCACUUCUCUAUGUAUACGAAUGCUCUCGAGCAGGGCACAAUGCAUAAAGUUAAACAGAACCUCAUUGUGCACAAGGACAAUGUCAACAAAAGUGUGUCAGUGACAAAAAUAGCCCUCAAUCCACUGGAUACGAAACGCUUCAUUUGUGAUGAUGGAAUUGACACGCUACCUUUUGGCUAUGGUUGAAUUUUUUUAAUGUGUACGGAUUGGUCUCUCUAAUGAAGCGAUGGUGUUGGGGUGUGCACCGUCACGAGGUUUCAUUACAGAGUUGGCAUACGGGAGUAGGAGGGAACUCAUCUGUUAUCACCCCCGCAACAGAUGUUGCCCUUCUAUUCCUGGUCCCACAGAAAAAAAUUGUAAUAAAGAUGUUACAUCCAUAUAGCUAUGGUUUGUCAUAUAUUAGAACAAUGUCAUGUUAGAACCAUGAACUAAAGCUAUUGCAUUAUUCCACAUCUAUGGUUGUCAGUGUGGGAUUACUUACAACUGUGAGUUAGGAGCUAGAGGAUAUUUGUUAGCCACGAGUGAUGACUAAGCUGAGACCUGGUUUGAUGAAUUUCAUGUCUUCCUGAAGUAAUGUGUAGCUCUUGAUGUGAGUGAAAGAGAGACAGUUUGCUUUCCCAUAUUGCUGCAUGCAUUUGCGAUGGAAAUAACAACUGACUUUGUCUGCAAGUCACUGUUUGUAAAUGGACCGUCUCAGACGAAUUUGAUUAUAUGUGUGUGAAAUAACCUGUUUUCUAAGAAUUUGAUUAUAAGAGUAUGUGAUAACCAGUUUCUAAUAGCAUGUAUGUAAUCUAUAACAACGUCUUUGUUUGCAAGUCAGUGUUUGCAAAUAGCCUGUCUCAGAUGAGAGUCACUGUUUGUAAAUGAUCCGUGUCAGAAAAUUUUUGAUUAUACAGUCAAACUUCUUUACAACGAAACUCAGGGGACAGCAAGAAAAAUUCGCAGUAAAGGUAUUUUCGUUAAAAAGGAUGUCCAUUAUUGGACCUAUAGGGCUCCAGCAGGACCGCAAAAAAAUUGCUGUAGUGGUAUUUUCGUUAAAAAGGUGUUCGCUAUAAAGGAGUUUGACUGCAUGUGUAUGAAAUAACCAGUUUCUAAUAGCAUGUAUGUAAUCAUCAACAAUGUCUUUGUUUGCAAGUCACUGUUUGUAAAUAGCCUAUCUCAGAUGAGAUUUUUUUUUAUUACCAAUGAUUCAUUAUAUAGUGUGCAAAUUAAGUUGACAAAUAAAGCUCUUUUCAGGCAAACUGAAAUUUUAUUGAAUGCUCAUAGUACACUACAGCAUGACAUAUCCUCUGUUUUUCUUGGGAAAUUUUUUCGAACAAGUGUUUCUAUCAAUCUGUCAUUGUGUCUGAAGUUGGUUGGUGAAAACUUCUGAGUGCACUCUUGAAGAGAGAAACCACAGGCUAGAAGACUACCUACAUACAAGCAGUACAGUCCACAUGUAGCAGAUCCAUAUCCCUGAAGUCGUUUUGCAUUGUAGUGAAAGGAAGAUGUUGGGUGAAUAAACUGGUAAAUUUCUUUGCAAACUGGUCGUAUGCCGUAGCUGUCGAAAUAAGAAAUGCUGUUGUUCUUAGAGAUGUAACAUAAGGUCCAGUGUUCUCCAGGAGAGGAUCUAGGAGCUGUGUUUACAACAUACAGCCCUGGUUCAGCUUUUUGACUUGCAAUUUCAUUGCAUGCAAAUGUUCCACGAAACAGUGGCCUUGUGCAGUGAUUUCGAGCAAAGGCUGCAUAAAAUUCCCAUUCCUCCAUUUUUUUUCUAUACGAAUUUGACUCGUCUGUCUUUGUUGAUUUCUAGCACACGAGGUGUUUCUGAAACAAAGAGAACUGUAACAGCCUCUGUAAGAUUUCCACCAAAUGUUAGGGUGAGACGAACAUUGGCUUGUACCACUGGACUCAGCGACUGCACUUCCACAUCUGGAGUGAGAUGGUAGUAGAGCAUAAACGUUUCUUUCUCAUAUGCAGCCGGAGCUAGAGGUAUGUCUUUCCGCUUCAGCUUGUGAAGCAAAUUCAUAUAUCCUUUAGAGUAGAUCGAUCGUUGAAAGUCAAAGUCAUCUGUGUACUGUUGUCCACCAACAUCAAGCACAGCUCUCUUAAGCUUGAAAUUUUCAAGUUUAAAUGGAUUCCUUUGUCUGUUACCCUGGUAGGCUUCACUUCUAACCAUCAAUACUGUCAGCUUUGAGGGAACUCGUUCACUGUAAAGGUCAUCGAAAAUCACUUGAGAUUGAUUUGGAGCAAUUGUCCUGUACUUAAUCUCUAAUCCUCGAAGGAGGUAUGAUGCUGGAGUUGUCUGAAGUCUUCG